AUUUUCAUGAUGUCUUUUCCUAUGUUGCUUUCAAGUUUAUUUGCUGUGGUAGAUCAAGCUCCAACUACCAUGGCUAUUACAAUUCUCAUGGUGUUGUUGAUUUUCUACAUAUUUAGUAGGCAGAGAAGAAGAUUGCCUCCUGGCCCAUUUCCGUGGCCUAUCGUGGGAAAUCUCCUGCAGAUGGGAGAGCUUGCCCACCGUACCUUUCAUGAUAUUGCUAAGAAAUAUGGACCCAUUGCAUCGUUGAAGUUGGGUUCUGUUACUGCAAUUGUGAUUUCUUCUCCUGAGAUGGCAAAAGAAGUUUUGAAAACUCAAGACCUAAUUUUUGCCAGCAGACCGUACACCGCUACGGCAAAGUACAUGUUUUAUAACUUUAUGGAUGUGGUGUUCACUCCUUACGGACCUUAUUUGAGGCAGAUGAAGAAACUCUGCAUGGUGGAAUUGUUGAAUGCCAAAAAAAUCUCGUCCAUGAGAGAACUACGUGAGGAAGAGGUGUGUUUUGCCAUUCGCUCAGUGUGGGAGAAGAGCCGAGAGGGCACAGUUGCAGUCAAUCUAAGCCAGAUACUGUCAUCCCUUGUACAGUCACAAGUGUUGAGACUCCUUUGUGGCGAUCAGCGUUUCGAUAACAAUGGCGAGGAAGUCAAGAAAAUGUUAAUGGAGGCCACAACCACUGCGGCAAUUUUCAAUAUUGGUGACUUUAUUCCUUGGCUGGACUGGCUGGAUUUGCAAGGUGUAAAGCGGCGCAUGAAGAAAGUGCACAAGUCUUUCGACCAACUGAUGUCAAAAAUAAUAGAACAGCACAGGCAGAGGGCAAGCUCAAGCGUAGGGGAGGUCUAUUCCAAGGACAUCAUUGAUGCGCUUUUGGAGAUGCAGGCUGCUGAUUCCAUCACAAUCACAGAUGAACACGUUAAGGCCGUUGUCUUGGACAUCUUUGUAGCUGGAGUGGAAACAUCAACCACUACGUUAGAAUGGGCGAUAAGUGCACUCAUCCAAAGUCCUAGUGUGGGCAAGAAAUUGCAAGCAGAAAUUGAAGCCGUAGUAGGUAGAGAGAGGGCAGUACAAGAGAGUGAUCUACAAGGCAUGGAAUAUCUUUUUUGUGUGGUGAAAGAGACGUUAAGAUUAUAUCCGCCAGUACCAUUGCUACUCCCACACGAGUCAACAAAAGAUUGUACUGUUAAUGGCUACUUCAUUCCUAAGAGAAGCAGAACUUUUAUUAGUACUUGGGCUCUAGGAAGAGAUCCCGCACUGUGGAAGGAUCCACUAGAAUUCAGGCCUGAAAGAUUUAUGGGUAGAGAUAUUGAUUUUAUCAAAGGGAAGGACUUUUUUGAUGUUCUUCCAUUCGGGGCAGGAAGGAGGGGAUGCCCUGGGGCUAACAUGGCCUUUGCCACACUAACUCUUGCCCUAGGUCAGCUAAUACAUUGCUUUGAUUGGACAGUGGAAGGGGAAUUAGACAUGAUGGAACGCAUUGGAGUCUCCUUAGCUCGAAAAUUUGAUAUUCUCGUUGUUCCUUCAUUAAGGUUGCUCUCAUGUCCCUAAUUUAUUAUAUAAGAUUGUAUACUGCUAGUACAAACAUUACCUCAAGUGAUGCAUAUAUGUAAGCAUCAUACAUAUUGCAUUAAGUAUUUGUCUGUAAUAAUUUAGGCAUCAUGACAACUUUUCUUAGAGUUAUGAUAGUGAUUGUGCAACAAGCCAUACUAUUUGUGAUAGGGAAUUAAGGGAAUUAUGUACACACAAAAAGUAU